AUGGCAGCAUCAUCCUCAAAAGUCGAGGAGAAAUCGAUACCUGUUCAAGAAACCCAAGAUGAGGACGAUAUUGGUGAUGUCGUGUCUAUCAGCCAUCUGCACCGAACACUGAACCACCGUCAAAUUCAAUUGAUCGCCAUAGGCGGCUCAAUUGGUACUGGCCUGUUUGUGUCUAUUGGUUAUGGCCUCAUCGAAGGAGGACCCGGCAGUCUCUUCAUUGCUUUCACCAUGUAUAGUGUUUGGCUUGCGUCAGUGAACAACAGCAUGGCAGAAAUGGCGACCUUCAUGCCGGUCGCUGGUGGUUGGGUUCGUAUGGCUACUCACUGGGUAGACGAGGCCUUUGGUUUCAUGCUGGGGUGGAACUUCCUACUCUAUGAACUCUGCCUGAUUCCAUUCGAGAUCUCGGCAUUGAACCUAGUCCUGACGUUCUGGAGGGAUGAUAUUCCUGUAUGGGCCGUGUGUCUUGCCUGCACGAUACUCUACGGACUACUCAAUAUAUUUGCCGUCAAGUGGUACGGUGAGAGCGAGUUCUGGCUGGCUAGCGGAAAAGUCUUGCUGAUCUUGAUUGUCUUUUGUUUCACCUUCAUCACUAUGGUUGGUGGCAACCCCAAACACGACGCUUAUGGUUUUCGAUACUGGAGAGAUCCUGGAAGUUUUGCCGAGUAUGUGACUACUGGCUCGCUAGGACGUUUUCAAGGAUAUCUGGCUGCGCUUUUCCAAGCGGCUUUUACGAUUGUUGGACCUGAAUAUCUUUCCAUGGUCGCUGGCGAGGCCAUCAACCCUCGCAAAACUAUCAAAAGCGCUUUCAAGGCAACUUACAUGCGAUACGGUAUUUUCUUCAUCGGAGGCGCUCUAUGUUGUGGCAUCGUUGUUCCCUACAACGACGCUGGCUUGAUCGCAAAGCUCAAUGGAGAUGGCUCGGGAACUGGUGCUGCUUCACCUUACGUUGUCGCAAUGAGCAAUCUUGGAAUUGAGGUACUGCCAGACAUCACCAACGCGCUCCUGGUCACCUCAAUCUUCUCGGCUGGAAAUUCAUACGUGUAUUGUUCGAUGCGCUCACUCUACGCCAUGUCCAUGGACGGCCACGCUCCCCAAUUCUUCACAAAAUGCAACAAAAACGGUGUGCCCAUCUACGCUUUCGUGGUCCCUAUGCUCUUCUCUCUAUUAUCUUUCCUCUCCAUCAGCUCUGGAAGUGCCAAAGUCAUCACAUGGCUAGCCAAUCUCACUCAAGCCAGUCAAAUGAUCAACUACAUCGGAAUGAGCAUUGUAUACCUCUUCUUCUACCGCGCCCUCAAAGUCCAAGGCAUUUCCAGAAACACUUUGCCCUAUAAAGGCUAUUUACAACCCUUUUGUGGUUGGUUCGGUCUUUGCACUAUGGUCUUUACCGUCAUCAUGUAUGGCUAUACCACAUUCCUGCCUGGUUGGUGGAAUACUGGAACCUUUUUCUCAUACUACACUAUGGUAUUUGUGGCCUUGGUGACCUACUCUGGUUGGAAAGUUGCCAAAAAGUCAAAGCGCGUGAAAGCGCAUGAAGCUGAUUUGGUUUGGGAGAGGCCUUUGAUUGAUGCAUAUGAGGCUUCGCUUGUUGGAGAUCUUUCGAAGGGGUUCUGGGACGAUUGUGCCAAGGACCUUGGGCUCAGGAAGCGGCGGCAUGUCGUUGAGGAUUCGAUUGAGAUGAAUAGUAUGGGUUCAUGA